AUGGCAAAGAACAUAAACUCAGUCAGCAUCACCGUUCUCUUGUUCGUCCUCUUGGUGGCUUCCACCGAAAUCCUCAAGAGCGAGGCUCAAACAUUUUGCUUCGAGUGCGGACCGGUGCCGUUCCUAGGUACAAAUGCUGAUUGCUUUAACUGUUGCAAAACCAAAUACGGGAGUCCUCCUGUCGUUAGUGGCGUUGUUGAGGGAAGUGAGAAAAACUGUCAUUGCUAUUGUUGCUCCUUGAAACAACCUCAGGCAGUCACCAUGUUUCCCCAUAUACUCAGUCUUCUUGUCGGUAAAAGUAUCUAUAAAGAUUGA